AUGAGUGUCCUCAGUGCCGAGGACAUGUGGGAACAAUUUAUGGCCUGGGGCGUGCAUUGGUGCCAAGGGAACAUUGCCUUAUCAGAGGGCUCAGGGGUUGUGCCCCGGCACCAAAAACACGUGCCAGGACACCACUCCUCAGAAGUGUCCCAUCAGUUUAGCUCCUCAUCAGCGGAUUGGGUAGAUACUUCCAGGAGAUGGUGCUUAGCCCAUGCUUUUCUAGGGAGGUUGAUGACUUAUUCCUCUGCUGGCAGUUCUCAUGUUCAACCAAACCUUAUGCUGCAGCCUUAUGUCGGAAAGGCCACCACACUAUGCAACAGCAACGAUACUUCAAAUUCUGUUCUCGGUUACACCUGUAAUAGUAUAACCCAAAGAAGUUGCCAAGCUUACCUUACCUUCAGAUCUGAACCCCCAUUCAACACAGUUGGAUCCAUUUCUGGUCUGCUGGGAGCUGACCCAACACAACUCUCUCAGCUCAAUUCUGCUCCUGAGAAUCAGACUUUCGCGACAAACGGGAUGGUGCUUGUUCCUGUCAAUUGUUGUUGUUCUGGUCAGUACUAUCAAGCAAACACAUCUUAUUCUAUUGCCCAAGAAAAUACUUAUUUUUUGAUUGCUAAUAACACCUUCCAAGGCCUCUCAACAUGUCAAGCUCUCCAGGAUCAAGAUGGUUCUCCUGCUCAGAAUUUUAGCUUAGCUACUGGAACAAGUAUUAAUGUUCCUCUUAGGUGUGCUUGUCCAACAAAGAACCAAAGUGAUAUUGGUGUGAGGUAUCUAUUGAGUUAUUUAGUCAUUCUUGGCAAUUCUGUCAGGGCCAUAAGUUCACAGUUUGGAGUGGAUACUGAGAGGACUCUUACAGCCAAUGGGCUUUCUGACCAAGACUACAACAUAUAUCCCUUCACCACCCUUCUAGUUCCUCUUCAAAACCCACCUAUAAGUAAUCAAACCGCAGAACCACCUUUGCCACCACCACCACCACCAGCAGUUGCCCCCUCAUUGAAUAAAAGCUCUAGCAUUACAUGGAGAUAUGUUCUACUUGGAGUUCUAGGAGGGGGUUCUCUGGCAUUGGUUAUUGGGGCCAUUAUAUUCUGCACAAUCGAUCGUAGACAAAAGAAGAAAACAGAUCAAAUUACUGUGUCAGAGCUACUUGAGACGCAGGACAAACCACUUGAGACAAAGUUACAGAAAACAACCGGGGAGUUCUUGGAGGAGCUACUUGAGACGCAUGACAAACCACUUGAGACAAAGUUACAGAAAACAACCGGGGAGUUCUUGGAGGGUUUAUCUAGUAUAGCUCAAUCCCUCAAAGUGUACACAUUUGAAGAACUACAAUCUGCAACAGAUAAUUUCAGUCCUGUUUGUUUGAUCAAGGGUUCAGUUUACUGUGGUACAAUCAAAGGGGAUUUUGCUGCCAUUAAGAGAAUGAAUGGUGAUGUGUCAAAGGAAAUAAAUUUACUGAACAGAAUCAAUCAUUUCAAUCUUAUCCGCCUCUCGGGCAUUUGUUUCAAUGAUGGGAACUGGUACCUUGUUUAUGAAUAUGCUGGCAAUGGACCUUUGAGCAACUGGAUCUAUCAUGAGAAUGACGAUCAUAAGAUUUUGAAUUGGACACAAAGAAUACAGAUUGCUUUGGAUGUGGCUACAGGGCUUAAUUAUCUCCAUAGCUACGCCUCCCCUCCCUAUGUCCACAAGGAUCUAAAGUGUACUAAUGUUCUUCUUGACAGUGAUUUCAGGGCCAAGAUCACUAACUUCAAUCUAGCAAGGUCUGCAGACGGGGAAGAAGGUCAAUUUGCCUUGACAAGGCACAUAGUAGGAACGAAAGGUUACAUGGCUCCCGAGUAUUUGGAGAAUGGAUUGAUCUCUCCAAAGCUUGAUGUUUACGCGUUUGGGGUCCUGCUGAUGGAGAUUCUUACUGGGAAAGAAUUUGCUCUUUUGUAUGAAGGGGAGAAGAAGCAUUUGUCUGAUGUUUUAGUCACUGUGCUUCAUGAGGAAGAUGGAAGGGAGAAUUUGAGCAACUUCAUGGAUCCUUAUCUACAAUGUAAUUAUCCUGUGGAGGUUGCGAUUUUCGUGGUUAGAUUAAUUGAUAAUUGCAUAAAGAAAGACCCAUCUGGUCGCCCAGGCAUGGAUGAGAUUGUGCUGUGUCUGUCAAGAACUCUGAAUACUAAAAUGUCUGGGGAAUUUGUGUAA